CGUAUCGAAUUGUAUUGUCUCCCAUUAUAUUGUAAAGUGCUGAGCAAACUGAAAUCAUGUUAGACAUCGGUGCAGGGGCGGACUGACAACUCAUGGGGCCCCCGGGCAAUAGGGGAUCAUGGGGCCCCUGUGUCCUUGCCCAAACUCAAAAAAGCCUAUGAAAAAAGGUAUCAGGGGCAUCUCAUGGGGCCCCCUACUGACCCCGGGCCAUCGGGCAGUGCCCGAGUUUCCAAAUGGUCAGUCCGCCCCUGCAUCGGUGUGU